CCUAGUUUCACUAUACCGGGAUUCACUGCGCUUCAUCAUCCGGCCGGCGUGCAAGCUUCCGGUUUCCGGCCAUGGCGACGGCCAUUGUUGGCGCGAAGGGGUGCUCUUUAUCAUCUGCCGCCGUGUAUAGCGUCUCCCGUGGUCUGAGCAAGGUCGCCAUCGACCCCGCCGCCCUCGAGAAGCUAUCUCAGCAGAAGAAUCAGCCUCCUAAGCCGGUCUCGGACACCGCCGUUGUCCAAGGAUUCAUCCUCACCUUCGAGGAGUCUCGCGCUGCCCUAGCUGUGCUCCUCAACAAAUUCGUCGUCUCUGAAUGUCAUGUACGCCCGGUGAUUCCCCUUUUGAUCCAAAAAAGCUUUGAUCUUGCUGCCGGGUUUGAAACAAUCGAUUUCGGCUCCUCACAAGCGUUUCUCGCCUCAUUGUGCCGGUUGAAUGAGAAGAGAUGUGAUGAGAUCGGGGUCACUGGAGAGGAAAUCGCUGUGCUUGAGAACUCCUGCGCUGCAUCGAUCGCGGUUUGUGCACUUUUAGAUUGCUGUGCUUCUGCUCUGGUGAGGGUUUCUGAUGCAGUGGCGGCUUUGUCCUCCGAGGCAGCGAGGGUGAAUGUGGAUCUUUUUGAUUUGGCGGUCUCUGGCGAUGGGUUUUCGAUGAAGGAUGAGACUGAUGUAGCUGCGGACAUGAAGGUUUUCCUUUCUGGAUCAAAGCUUGCCGGAAAAGUUGAUUCAGGGCCGUUUUCAGAGAUCCCUGCGGUUCAUGGGAGUUUAAGGGAAGCUGUUAGAUUGCUACAUGGAAGAACUCGAGUUGAGUUGAAUGCUUCUGUUAAGAGUAAGAAGGUUAUGGGAUCUGGAAUUCAUGGGAAAGAGAAGGCUUAUGUGGCUUCUGUGCUACCGUUGGCCAUGGCUAUUCAAAGUAUGAGUGAGGCAAGCUAUGGCCGGGCUGAAUUGGUUGUUGCAUCUGUUGUUGGUGAAGAAUUACGGUCGAAGGUAGGGGAAGUGUUUCAGAAAGAAUGCCGUUGCAUUGAUGCACUGAAAUAUGAUUUCAAUUCAAUUACAACAGCAAGUUAUAAUUUUGCACUAGUUCUUCAUCAAGUGUAUGAUCUGUUGGUUAAAUUCAGGGAGAUUCUUGCUUGGGAGGCAGCAUUGGCUCUGUUUGCAAUUGAAGUAGAUGAGUCUGUGGAGAAACCAGCAGUAGUUCCAUUGGAGAGCUCUAAGAGUGAAAAGAAAAGUGAAAAGAAAAAGAAGAAGACUUUGGGGAAGGGAACUUCUAUAGUAAGACAGCUGCUUAAAGAGAGACUUUCACUUGAGGCAGAUGCUUCACUUGAAAAUGUGAUGAAUUUGGUACGAGUGGCACAUGACCUUGCAGGAUCAUUUGAUCCCAAGGACUCGGAACUCGACACCUUGAUAAGAAAGUUAAAAGAGAUUGUUGAGAGCAACGAAGGUAGAAGGCUCCCCAAAAUUCCUAAGGGCACGCGUGACUUUGGGAAAGAGCAAAUGGCAAUAAGAGAACGUGCAUUUUCAGUUAUUGUUGGUGUUUUUAAGAAGCAUGGGGCAGUGGCACUUGACACCCCUGUCUUUGAGUUAAGAGAGACUCUUAUGGGCAAAUAUGGAGAGGAUUCAAAGUUGAUAUAUGACCUUGCUGACCAGGGUGGUGAACUUUGUUCAUUAAGGUAUGACCUCACUGUUCCCUUUGCCCGUUACUUGGCCAUGAAUAAUAUCAGUGCACUGAAGAGAUACCAGAUUGCUAAAGUCUAUAGAAGAGAUAAUCCCUCUAAGGGAAGAUAUCGUGAGUUCUAUCAAUGUGACUUCGACAUUGCCGGGCAAUAUGAGCUGAUGGAACCUGAUUUUGAAGUAGUAAGGGUUUUGACUGAAUUGCUAAAUGAGCUAUCUAUUGGUGAUUAUGAGAUUAAGUUAAAUCAUCGAAAGUUGUUAGAUGGUAUGUUGGAAAUUUGUGGUAUUCCAUCAGAGAAAUUCAGAACAGUUUGUUCAAGUAUUGAUAAAUUGGAUAAGCAGACAUUUGAGCAUGUAAAAAAGGAGUUGGUUGAGGAUAAAGGCUUGACUUCAGAAAUAGCCGAGAGAAUUGGUGCUUUUGUGAAGAAAAGAGGGCCUCCUCUUGAAAUUUUAUCUGAAUUGACAAGUGAGGGUAGUCAAUUCUUGGGAAAUAGCGAGGCUGUUGUUGCACUGGAUGAGUUGAAGAUUUUGUUUACAGCCCUUGACAAAUCGAAGUGCCUAAAUAAAGUGGUUUUUGACUUGAGCCUUGCAAGAGGCCUUGAUUAUUACACAGGAGUUAUUUUUGAAGCAGUUUUCAAGGGCACGACACAGGUUGGUUCCAUUGCAGCCGGUGGACGUUAUGAUAAUCUGGUUGGAAUGUUCAGUGGAAAGGUAGUCCCUGCAGUUGGUGUCAGCCUGGGAAUUGAGCGAGUGUUUACGAUAAUGGAGCAAUUAGAAAAGGACCAAAACCAGGUGAUUCGAGCAACAGAAACACAAGUUUUGGUGGCGAUUUUAGGGAAAGAUCUUACUUUGGCUGCUGAGCUGGUCAGUGAACUGUGGGAUGCGAAAAUAAAAGCAGAAUUCAGGUUGACAAAAAGAGUCAUGAACCAUAUAACUCGUGCCAAACAAUCUGGCAUCCCUUGGAUGGUGAUCGUCGGGGAGUCAGAGUUACAGCAGGGUGUUGUCAAAUUAAAAAACAUUGAAGCCAGUGAAGAGGAAGUCGUUCGAAGAGACAAAAUCGUUGAAGAACUGCAGAGAAGACUGGGCAUAAACUGAAAGCCCUACCAGUCUACCACUCUAGUCCAGGCCUUAAUGUCUGGCUUGCUGAUAUUUAUUUAUAGCUGUGAGCUCAUCCACCAAAAAUUUUAAAAAAGAAUGAUCAAAAGAAAGUUCAAAAAGAAAGAUGUGCAAUUUUGUAAGUUGAUUUACAGGUUAUCAUGUAUUGGAUUUUCAAUGAGAGUUAUGUUAUAAUUUAAGUUCA